AUGUCGCAUUCCGGGAAGCCCAUGUCGGAGCAGCUCGGCCUCGACUCGCUCAACGAUCGAUUCCGUGACUCGCUGAGUUGCGAAGCCAACAAGCCCGAUUUCCGGGAACUCGAUCUGGGUUCGCCCGUUUCGCCUCUUCGGACUCGCCAGAGCGGCGGCAUCGCCACUGCUACAAGUAGUAGCUCCAGCUCCUCAGGAUCGGUUUCCGGCCGAAAUGGGCCCAACCAAGUUGCCAGAAGGGCCGAUUCAGCCCCUAACAACCACUCCGGCGAGCUAUCCGGCUCUAGCGAGAGCAGUCCCACCGCCGCCGAAAGCGUCCGAUCCGCCGGAAACGCUCGCAGUUUCAAACCGGGUAAUACAAGAUCCGAUUCGUGUUCCACCCACCCGCAUAUAUACUCGGGUCAGAGCUCCGUGAGCUCUCCGCCGCCCAGUGUUUUGCCCACUGGGAACAUAUGCCCAUCUGGGAAAAUCUUAAAAACGGGUAUGGUUCCUAACCGGAGCCCCAGAACCGACGUUUUGGGUUCGGGUACGGGGAAUUACGGUCAUGGGAGCAUAAUGCGGGGCGGUCAGGCUGCUAAAGGCGGUGGCACUGAAGCGGCGAGUUCCCUGAGUUCGAGGGCGAGCGCCGUGAGUUCGAGGGGUAGCGGCGGUGGCGGAGACUUGUUGAAGCGAACAAUGGUGAGUGUGGAUCCCGAGGAGUUGAAGAGAGCUGGGAAUGAGAAGUACAGAAGAGGCCAUUUUGCAGAGGCUUUGAGCUUGUACGAUCGGGCAAUUGCAUUGUCUCCGGCCAAUGCUGCCUACCGGAGCAACCGGGCGGCGGCAUUGACGGGUUUAGGACGUCUGACGGAGGCGGUGAGGGAAUGCGAGGAGGCCGUGAGGUUGGAUCCCAAUUAUGGCAGAGCUCACCAGCGUUUGGGGUCUUUGUUUCUUAGGUUAGGGCAGGUCGAGAAUUCCAGGAGGCACCUUUCUUUUCCAGGGCUGCAGCCAGAUCCAGCUGAGUUACAGAAAUUGCAGGCAGUAGAGAAGUAUCUAAAAAAAUGUACAGAUUCCCGUCGUGUAGGAGAUUGGAAAAGUGUAUUGAGGGAAUGCGAAUCUACCAUUGCUUCUGGAGCUGACUCUUCUCCUCAGCUCUCUAUGUGUAGAGCGGAAGCACUUUUGAAGCUCCACCAAAUUGAUGAUGCUGAAUCAGUCAUAUUGACUACACCUAGAUUAGACACUCAUUCCAACCUUUCACAAUCUAAGUUCUUUGGGAUGCUUUCUGAAGCUUACACUAACUUUGUCUUGGCCCAAAUUGAAUUGGCAUUUGGAAGGUUUGAGAAUGCAGUUACUGCUGCUGAGAAAGCAGCACAGAUUGAUCCCCGAAACAUUGAAGCUGCAGUGCUGCUGAGUAAUGUGCGCUUGGUUAUGAGAGCUCGUGCCCGGGGCAAUGAUCUCUUCAAUGCUGAAAGGUUCACAGAAGCUUGCGCAGCAUACGGAGAAGGUCUGAGGCUCGAUCCUUCAAACUCUGUUCUCUAUUGCAAUAGAGCUGCCUGUUGGUUUAAACUUGGGAUGUGGGAGCGUUCCCUUGAAGACUGCAACCAAGCCCUAAGUAUUAUACCCAAUUAUACAAAAGCCCUUCUCCGAAGGGCUGCCUCAAACAGCAAGCUAGAAAUAUGGGUAGAGGCUGUAAAAGAUUAUGAGGUCUUGAGGAGGUUGCUUCCUGACGACAAUGAAGUUGCUGAAUCAUUGUUUCAUGCUCAAGUUGCAUUAAAAAAAUCCCGUGGGGAAGAAGUUUCUAAUAUAAAGUUUGGCCGUGAAGUGGAAGAAAUACUAGGUCUUGAGCAGUUCAGAGCUGCGAUAUCUUUACCAGGUGUCUCUGUGGUCCAUUUCAAAGCAGCCUCUGAUUUGCAAUGCAAGCAAAUAUCACCUUUUCUGGACACGCUUUGUGGUCGCUACCCGUCCAUAAAUUUCCUCAAGGUUGACAUUGAAGAAAACGUAGCAGUUGCGAACACCGAAAAUGUGAGGAUUUUACCAACAUUCAAGAUUUACAAAAAUGGUAGCCGAGUGAAGGAAAUGGUGCGCCCCAGUCGCGAUAUGUUGGAACACUCGGUCAGGCAUUAUAGCUUUUAGAACUCAUGACUGUACUGUAAUUCUGCCUCAGCCAGAUUUUUGAGUUUUUCCUGUUGCUACCCCGCACCCCAGUUUGUUAGGAACUCCCAGUCCAUUCCG